GCGCCGAUCAUUUUCUUGAAAUCUUUUUGUUGUUCGGAUAACUAGAAACAACAAUUUGGUUUAGCAUCUUUGUCCAUUAGCUUCUUAACGGUCUUGUAUUCUUUGACCGUCUUCAUCUUCUUCGUCGUCCACGACUCCCCUUCUUCGACUUCCACUGAUCCCUUCAUGAUUGUUCCAAGUCGCCCAACAGACUUAGCUCUGCAUCAUUUCUCUUUAUCUUCUGCGCCAGUAUCACCUCAAAUUACGCCUAAAAGAGGCCACAAAUCUUCAGUCUCGAAGCCAAUGAUCUGGCUUACUCGCAAUACGAGUUCUUCUUCCAAUACUUCGCCACAUGGUGUCGCAGCUGCACCAAUUCGCAUAUCAGAACCUAGGUUUGACACCUCCUUGGAUAUAUUUAAUGUCAAACGUAGUGGACCUCUUGGAAGCGGCGCCAUGGUUGUGAGAACACCGCAAGAGGCGCUGUCUGGAGCGAGCGUCUUGUUUGGCAAUGAAGAUGAUGGCAGUCAACGUGGGUCCGCUUUUCAGGCCCCCUCUGAGGAGGCGAUGGACUCGCCUACGCUUUCAGGUGGUCCGCCACCCGUACCGUCGAAGUCUUCUCUUGAGUCCUCAACUUCAGCUAUAUCCACCUUGAGACAUAGUGGUUCAUCAAGUCUUCCAGCGAAAGACACAUCCACACCGCCAUGUCCAACCCGACCUCCUCCCCCUGCGCCAACGACAUCAUCUACGAUUCUUCGUCCAGUCAUUAAGGCAAAGACCUCCCCUUCUUUGGCAGAAGACCUGCCCCCUGUACCACCACUUCCCGUUAAUGUCUCUACUACUCCACCCCAACCUCCCUUUGAACCCAUUCUAUUGUCCCCUAUCCCUGGCAGUGCGAUCGAUCCUUCCAAGAUUAUCGUAACCAUAGAGACAAGUUCAGCAACGCACCGCACGACACUUGGUACUCUUAAUUCAAGGCCUUCUUACCUCUCAAACUAUGUCACUUCCCUCUUACCACGAAAAUCAGUUGCGGCAUCGUUAUACUCCAAUGCGAGCGAUAUUUCUGAACUUCCACACAACUCAUUCAAUGCCAUGUUUCAUGAUCAUUUAGCGUCUUCUGGGUUUAUAUCCCAAUCAACCAUGAAUAUACAUGUAUUCCUCGACAGGCCAAGUGCUCCAUACGCGCACAUAUUGUCGUACCUCCGCACUCCCCCUUUCAUUUCGGAACACCCAGCCAUCAUUCCUAGAGCCGUUCAACUUGCGUCUUCGUCACGGGCAAGACUUGAGGCAUUACUCGAGCUUCGUGACGAGGCCAAUUAUCUUGGUCUAGAUGAGCUGUUCAAACUAUGCAAUGACGAGAUAUGCAAUAGGUGUAAUACACCAAUCCAUGCACGGGGUGGAAGCAUGAGUAGCUCCGCUUCCAUUCACUCCCUACACACCGUCCAGGAGGGCGGUGACAAUUGCGAAAUGGGCCGUUCAUCUUCUCGCUCCAGCAGAAAAUCGACGCGAGCGACGCCUCCCCCUCGCGAACGUAACCUGGGCAGAGCAGAGAACCGAGCGAAUACCCCGAACUCCCGACAACCUACAAUCACUUCUUGGAUAUGACAUGCGUGACGAUUGACAUGAUUGACUUUAUUUUCUCGACUCUAUUUUCUUUCGUAACUAUCUGACUUAUCCACGGGCAUCUUGCAUAUGCAUAUACUUAUUCACAUUCAUUUACUAUAGUGCUUACCGUUAUGAUAUUGUAGAGUACGCAAUCUAUUCAUUCGC